GGAGAUAUCCUUAUCAACAAUUACAUCGUAAUUCAGAUAAAAACUACAAAAACAGCAUAAUUUAUCGGGUAUUUUUAACAUCCUGUUCAUUGUAUGAAUAAUUGUCGUCGCGUUUGGUUCAAUUCAAUUUCUAACUCAAGAUGGCUUCUUUCAAACUAUUCUCAAGACUGAUCAAAAAUACCACCGUAGUCAAGUUCAAUUACCAGAUUAAAACUACCUCUUUGGGUCUUUUUUAUUCAACCGAAUCUCCAUACCAGUAUAUUCUAUCGGAUAAAGUCGGAUCGCAGAAGAAUGUAGGGUUGGUUACUUUGAACAGGCCUAAAGCUCUGAAUGCCUUAUGCGACGGUCUAAUCACCGAAUUAGCUCAGGCAGUGAAGAAACUCGAUAAAGAUGAAUCCGUCGGCGCCAUUGUUUUGACUGGAAGUGAAAAAGCUUUCGCCGCAGGAGCUGAUAUUAAAGAAAUGUUGAACCAAACUUAUUCCGAUAAUGUUCGUAAAGGUUUAUUGGAAGAAUGGGACCAGAUUACUCAAUGUAAAAAACCUCUAAUAGCCGCUGUCAACGGAUACGCUCUUGGUGGAGGUUGCGAAUUAGCCAUGAUGUGUGAUAUUAUCUACGCUGGCGAUAAAGCCAAGUUCGGACAACCUGAAAUCAUCAUAGGAACCAUACCGGGAGCCGGAGGUACUCAAAGGAUAGCUCGUUCAUGCGGUAAAAGCUUCGCCAUGGAGGUUUGCCUCACUGGAAACCAGUUCACGGCUGAGGAUGCAUUCAGGAGAGGUUUAGUUAGCAAAGUGUUCCCAUCUGAUAAGCUAGUCGAUGAAGCUAUUAAAUUAGGCGAGAGGAUAUCUCAACAUUCUCAAAUAAUCGUUCAACUUUGCAAAGAAUCUGUAAACAAUGCUUUUGAGACUGCUCUAUCCCAAGGUUUAAAAUUCGAAAAGAAACAUUUCUACGCUACUUUUGCGACUGAGGACCGUAAAGAAGGCAUGAACGCCUUUGUUGAAAAAAGACAACCGAAUUUCUCAAAUAAAUAGAAUCCUCAACGUACGGUUUCAUUUCGUAAUGGCGAACUGGCGAUUGUGUCUCUCUUAUCGUGGUUUUUUUUUUAGUGGUAUUAUCGCAUCACAAGAGUAAUUUCAGGUUCAUUAUCAUCGUAUCAAAGAUUGUAAUGUAAUUCGUCCAUAUUUUCAUUACUUUCUAAUUAUAGUAAUUUGUUAUGUAUUACGUAUUUAUCCCAGUACCAACAUCGGUCAACUUUUGUACUAUCUACAGACUGUUUUCAUGAUUAUCGUGUAUUGUACUUAUGAGAGUGGUACUUUUUAUUCAGCUUAGUCUUUUUUUCUUCAUUUUUUAUUUUUUAUCUUGGUUAUUUUGUGUAAAGUGUUGGAGUUGGUUUAAUAAAUGAUUUAUAGUUA